AUGUGCGAACGAAUCGUGUUGUACGUGAACCCUGAAAAAUAUUGCAGAACGAUAUUGCCAGCAGUGCUUGCAAAGAGGUACAGGUUAAAUAAUAUAAAGUUGGUGACUGUUAAUCUUGAAGAUGAUGAAUUUAAAACACUAUUCCCAUACCAAAAAGUACCAGCGCUGAUGAAUGAGAGUGGAAAGAGGUUAACAGAGGCUAUGGCCAUCAAUUACUAUCUUGUGACACUUUCCAAUGACGAGAAGGAACGGGGAACUUUAUUGGGCUUUCCGGAAGACCCAUGGACACAAGCAGAGAUUAUUAGAUGGCAAUCAUUUGCGAAUGGCGAUUUUUUAAAUGAAUUGAACAAUUAUGCAAAGCCACUGGUGGGGUUACAAACUUUUGAUCUGAAGGCUGUAACGGAAGCUAAAAGAAGAGUAGAUACAAUGGUUCCGAUAUUUGAAGAUCAUCUUUGCACGCACAAGUAUUUGGUAAAUGAAAAUAUUACUCUAGCAGACUUGACUGCAGCUACAACUUUUUCAUUUGGCUUUACAUUUGUACUGGAUAAAGAAUGGAGAAAAGAACAUCCAGCAAUUGUAAACUGGUUUAAUGAUGUGAUAAAUUGUGAUAUUUUACAUGAUUUUUACCACGACUUUGUGUUUAUAGAAAAUAGGCCACCUAUUGCGAAUUAA